AUGGCGGACACUGCCACAGAGCCGCUGCCGAACGGUAACGCGGUGGCCGAGGAGGAGGAGAGACUGAAGCAGCGUCCAGCGGACAUUGACGCUCGUAUUUUAGCGAUGGCGGACACUGGCACAGAGCCGCUGCCGAACGGCAACGCGGCGGCCGAGGAGGAGGAGAGACUGAAGCAGCGUCCAGCGGACAUUGACGCUCGUCUUUUAGCGAUGGCGGACACUGGCACAGAGCCGCUGCCGAACGGCAAGGCGGCGGCCGAGGAGGAGGAGAGACUGAAGCAGCGUCCAGCGGACAUUGACGCUCGUAUUUUAGCGAUGGCGGACACUGGCACAGAGCCGCUGCCGAACGGCAACGCGGCGGCCGAGGAGGAGGAGAGACUGAAGCAGCGUCCAGCGGACAUUGACGCUCGUCUUUUAGCGAUGGCGGACACUGCCACAGAGCCGCUGCCGAACGGUAACGCGGUGGCCGAGGAGGAGGAGAGACUGAAGCAGCGUCCAGCGGACAUUGACGCUCGUAUUUUAGCGAUGGCGGACACUGGCACAGAGCCGCUGCCGAACGGCAACGCGGCGGCCGAGGAGGAGGAGAGACUGAAGCAGCGUCCAGCGGACAUUGACGCUCGUCUUUUAGCGAUGGCGGACACUGGCACAGAGCCGCUGCCGAACGGCAAGGCGGCGGCCGAGGAGGAGGAGAGACUGAAGCAGCGUCCAGCGGACAUUGACGCUCGUAUUUUAGCGAUGGCGGACACUGGCACAGAGCCGCUGCCGAACGGCAACGCGGCGGCCGAGGAGGAGGAGAGACUGAAGCAGCGUCCAGCGGACAUUGACGCUCGUCUUUUAGCGAUGGCGGACACUGCCACAGAGCCGCUGCCGAACGGUAACGCGGUGGCCGAGGAGGAGGAGAGACUGAAGCAGCGUCCAGCGGACAUUGACGCUCGUAUUUUAGCGAUGGCGGACACUGGCACAGAGCCGCUGCCGAACGGCAACGCGGCGGCCGAGGAGGAGGAGAGACUGAAGCAGCGUCCAGCGGACAUUGACGCUCGUCUUUUAGCGAUGGCGGACACUGGCACAGAGCCGCUGCCGAACGGCAAGGCGGCGGCCGAGGAGGAGGAGAGACUGAAGCAGCGUCCAGCGGACAUUGACGCUCGUAUUUUAGCGAUGGCGGACACUGGCACAGAGCCGCUGCCGAACGGCAAGGCGGCGGCCGAGGAGGAGGAGAGACUGAAGCAGCGUCCAGCGGACAUUGACGCUCGUCUUUUAGCGAUGGCGGACACUGCCACAGAGCCGCUGCCGAACGGUAACGCGGUGGCCGAGGAGGAGGAGAGACUGAAGCAGCGUCCAGCGGACAUUGACGCUCGUAUUUUAGCGAUGGCGGACACUGGCACAGAGCCGCUGCCGAACGGCAACGCGGCGGCCGAGGAGGAGGAGAGACUGAAGCAGCGUCCAGCGGACAUUGACGCUCGUCUUUUAGCGAUGGCGGACACUGGCACAGAGCCGCUGCCGAACGGCAAGGCGGCGGCCGAGGAGGAGGAGAGACUGAAGCAGCGUCCAGCGGACAUUGACGCUCGUAUUUUAGCGAUGGCGGACACUGGCACAGAGCCGCUGCCGAACGGCAACGCGGCGGCCGAGGAGGAGGAGAGACUGAAGCAGCGUCCAGCGGACAUUGACGCUCGUAUUUUAGCGAUGGCGGACACUGGCACAGAGCCGCUGCCGAACGGCAAGGCGGCGGCCGAGGAGGAGGAGAGACUGAAGCAGCGUCCAGCGGACAUUGACGCUCGUCUUUUAGCGAUGGCGGACACUGGCACAGAGCCGCUGCCGAACGGCAACGCGGCGGCCGAAGAGGAGGAGAGACCAGCGUCCAGCGGACAUUGA